AUGGCGUCCGGGGGAUCAUGGCUGAACCAAGAUUUCGGCGCGGACGACGAAGAGUCCGACAACGACUUCAACCCGGGGCUCGAGGGCGGUUCCGAUGCUGAGGACGACGGCGACCGAGACACGAAACCCAACACUGCAGCCAGGCGGGGCGACGAGCAAGAUGACGGCGAGGAUGCUGGCGCCCGCCGCCCUACGACCAAUAAGUCGGCAUCUCCUGCAAGGCGAGACACUCAGCCUGCGCUCGACAACGACGACGCGGAUGAAGACGGCGAUCAAGAUGACAACGGCGAAGAUGACGAAGGUGAAGGGGAAGACCUCAAUGGCGACGAUGAAGAAGAUGACGAAGAAGACGAAGAGGAUGAAGACGCAGUUGCCAGUCGACCUCGCAAGCGCCGGAGACGGGGCCUGAACCAGUUCUUCGAGGAAGAGGCUGAGGUUGACGAGGACGAUGACGAGUUGGAAGCUGAUGAGGACGACCUCGGGCCCGAUUUCAUCGAGCCUAAUCAUCCCGAUGAUGAUCUACCGCCCGAGGCCGACCAAGACGACGCGAGACACAGAGAACUCGACCGCCAACGGCAGAUUGAAACGUCAAUAGAUCUCGAGAAACAGGCCGCUGCUUACAAGGAGCGCUACGGACGACGGACGACUACCGCACUCAGUCAAGGGUCUUUCGUGCCACAGAACCUGCUCAUGCCUGAUGUUUCGGACCCGAGCAUCUGGGGUGUUCGAUGCAAGCAAGGUAAAGAGAAAGAGAUCGUCAGCAGGCUUCUAAAGAAAAUGCUUGAAGGCAAGGGUCGGAACGCGGUAAAGAUCUGUUCAGUCUUCCAGAGAGGUGAUGGCGAGGGUCCUAUGGCCGGCUAUAUCUUUGUCGAGGCUGUCAAGAAGAGCGAUGUCGAUGAUGCUCUGACCAAUGUCGCGGACGUCUACCCGCGGACCAAGAUGAACCUCGUGCCGAUCAAGGAGAUGCCCGAUUUGUUGAGGACCCGGAAGGACAAAGAGCUGGUACCUGGUGACUACGUUCGCAUCAAGCGUGGUCUCUAUGCCGGAGACUUGGCUGUCGUCGACACGGUUGAGACUAAUGGUCUCGAAGUGACUCUUCGACUAGUCCCGCGACUUGACUAUGGGCUGAACGACGACCCGGCCAGGGCCCCAUCUGCCGACGCGAAGCGGAAGCGACCAAAUGCGUUUGCACCAACUGGCACCCCGAAAGAGCGGCCUCCGCAGAGACUAUUCAACGAAGCAGAGGCCAGAAAGAGGCAUGAUCGGCUCCUGCAGUCGAACAACACCCUGACGAGGAAGUCUUAUACCUACAACAAGGAAACCUACGAAAACGGCUUCUUGAUAAAAAAUUUCAAGCUCCAACAUCUCACCACAGAGAACGUCAACCCAAAGCUGGAAGAGAUCACGAAGCUGACCGAGACCGGCGACGAUGGCACCGAGACUCUCGAUCUCGAAAAGUUAGCUCACAGCCUUAGAAGCGCUACGGCCGAGGGCAACUACAUGCCUGGUGACGAGGUUGAGGUGUACGAAGGUGAACAGCGAGGCAUCAUUGGCCGGACUGAAGCCGUCAACGGCAACAUCGUUUCGAUCCAGGUCACGGAGGGUGAGCUCGCUGGCCAGCUUGUUGAAGUGCCUGUCAAGGGUUUGCGGAAGCGCUUCCGGGAGGGUGACAACGUGAAAAUUAUCGGUGGGAGCAAAUACCGGGAUGAGGUCGGCAUGGUCCUUCGCAUCAAAGACGACAAAGUCACAGUGCUUACAAAUAACACCAACGAGGAAAUCACGGUUUUCAGCAAAGAUCUCCGAGAAGCUACGGACGCUGGUGGCGAUGCAGCAGGGAACAGCCAGUUCGACGUGCAAGAUCUCGUGCAGAUUGAUCCAACCACUGUCGGUAUCGUGAUCCGUGCCGACCGCGAAUCUGUACGUAUCCUGGAUCAGAAUGGUUCCAUCAUGACCCGUCUGCCCUCUCAAAUCCAGAAGGCCGAGACACGCAAGAAUGCUGUCGCGACAGACAAGAACGGCUCUGAGAUCCGUGUCGGUGACGUCGUGCGUGAAUCGACUGGAGAGAACAAAUCCGGCACCAUCCUCCAUCUCCACAGAGGCUACGUCUUUGCGCAUAACAAGCUAGGGAUUGAGAACUCUGGAAUCUGGGUCAACCGGUGCACAAAUGUAGUCACAACUGCCGCAAAGGGUGGGCGUAUCACCGCCCCCACGACAGACUUGUCCAAGAUGAAUCCUGCUCUUCUAGGCAGGCGCCCAGAGGCAGCUAUGGCCCCGCCGCAACGACCCGGGCGCGAUCCGCUCCAAGGAAAGCUUGUUCACAUAAGCAAGGGAACAUACAAAGGUCACCGUGCCAUCGUCAAGGAUACCACAGCCGGAGAGGCGAGACUGGAACUGCAGACGAAGAACAAGACCAUUAACCUUAGCAAGUUUGACCUCUCUAUUAUUGAUCCCAACACGCAGAACCGUACAAGAUACGAGGAUUGGAUCAAGCAGCGUGGUGGUCCCAUGUCGAUGAGGGCCGGCCCAGGCCUAGGUUCGUCUCGCGUGCCGGACGGAGGGGUCUUUGGUGGAAGGACGCCCAUGCAUGCAAUGGACGGGAUGCGGACUCCAGCUUGGGGUGCAUCAUCACGGACACCUGCUUGGGGCGGUCCUAGCACCGGGGGUGGUCUCGACUCCGGCCGAACGCCGUCAUGGAAAGGUCCUUCUGGCUCACAGACGUCUUACGGUGGCGGUGGAAUGACAUCCUACGGCGGCGCAGGCAAUUACUCCACCAACAGCGGUUCUCGCACACCAGCAUGGAGCGCAAAGACUCCCUACGGCGCCGGCGACUACGGGUCUUCUGGCAACUCUGGCUUUGACGGCUUUGGCGGUUCACGCACACCAGCAUACAAUCCCUCCUCAUCACGGACACCCGCUUGGGGCGGACCAGGAAGCAACUCGACGGCAUCAGCACCCACGCCUGCAGCCCGACCCUACGACGCGCCCACCCCAGGCAUGUCCGCACCCACGCCCGCCGCCUCAGGUAACCGCUACGACGACGAAGCAUACACACCCUAUCUAUCCGCACCUACUCCCGGUGCUGGUCCGCAAGAUGCGCCCACGCCCGCACCACCCAGCUUUGCCAAGGCGGCCAACAGUGUUCCGCUGAAGAACAAUCGUCUUGCGGUAUACGAUGCGCCGACACCUGCCGCGAACGCACCGACACCAUAUGCCACGGGGGCUUUCGACGCGCCAACUCCGGCGGCGGGAGGGCCGAGAUAUGUGGACGACGACGAGGAUGACGAGUGA